AUGACUUUCUCUGAGCUAAGCAAUGGAAGCUUGAGUGGGAACCGGACAGGACAGGGUGGCCAGAGCACUGCCAACCGAUCCUGGGGGCUGCAAAGUGAGGAGACCCCCGAGGGCAACGGCACCACGCUGACUUUUGCCUUGGACGUGCAGGCGGUGGGCGUCGGGGUCUUCCUGGCCGUCUUCAUCCUCUCGGCCAUCGUGGGGAACAUCCUCGUCAUCCUCUCUGUGGCUUGCAACCGGCACCUGCAGACAGUCACCAACUACUUCAUUGUCAACCUGGCCAUCGCUGACCUUCUGCUCAGCACCACCGUGCUGCCUUUCUCGGCCACCUUGGAGGUGUUGGGCUUCUGGGUGUUCGGCCGCAUCUUCUGUAACAUCUGGGCAGCGGUGGACGUGCUGUGCUGCUCCGCCUCCAUCAUGAGCCUGUGUAUCAUCUCUGUGGACAGGUACAUCGGCGUCAAGUACUCCCUCAAGUACCCCACCAUCAUGACCGAGAGGAAGGCUGGGGUCAUCCUCGUCGUGGUCUGGCUCUCGUCCAUGGUCAUCUCCAUCGGGCCGCUACUGGGAUGGAAGGAGCCUCCACCACCGGAUGAGAGCAUCUGCAGCAUCACCGAAGAGCCUGGCUAUGCCCUGUUCUCCUCCCUCUUCUCCUUCUAUUUACCCCUCAUGGUCAUCCUGGUGAUGUACUUCAGGAUCUACGUGGUGGCCAGGAGGACCACCCGGAGCUUGGAGGCUGGGGUCAAGAAGGAGAGGAAUAAAUCCAUGGAAGUUGUACUGCGUAUCCACUGCCGCAGCGUGCUGGAGGAGCCUCUCUCCAGCACCCGGAGCAAAGGGCAUAACUUCAGGAGCUCCCUCUCUGUGCGACUCCUCAAGUUCUCCCGUGAGAAAAAGGCAGCCAAGACCCUCGCCAUCGUCGUGGGUGUUUUCAUCCUCUGCUGGUUCCCUUUCUUCUUCGUCCUGCCUUUUGGUUCUUUCUUCCCAUCUCUGAAACCCUCUGAAAUUGUCUUCAAGAUCAUCUUCUGGUUGGGAUACUUCAACAGCUGCGUGAACCCCAUCAUCUACCCGUGCUCCAGCAAAGAGUUCAAGCGAGCUUUCAUCAGGCUGCUCAAGUGCCAAUGCCAGCGGAGAAGACGACCCAUCUGGCGUGUCUACGACCACCACUGGCGAGGGGCCUCUGUCAACAGCUCAGUGCAAGACUCUGAGACAGACUUGAGGCCCAGGAUUAACACCCUGAACAGCUCGUUCAUAUUUCACUCCUCCUUGCAGGAGAGAGAUAGUAAGAGGCGAACGCUCAGCUUCAAGGGCUGGAAAAUGCUCACUCCUUUCCAGAAACCAGCAUCCACUCAGCUGAAGGAGAAGAUGAACAGCCUUUCUAACAAAAUCCGAGGUGGCUCCAGCAAAGGGGGGGUGACAGCCACCUACAAAACAGAGGUGGAGUCUGUCUCCAUUGGGAUCCCUCAUGACUUCACAGAAACCAUCGACUAUCAAACCUAUGACUUAACAGACUGCUGCAGGCUGCGAGAAACAGAUAUUUGAAGCUACAUU